AAAAAGCAAGCACCAUCGAAAAAAAAACUAAGUGAAAAUAAUGGUGUGAAAAACAAUAAAAGUGAAAACUUAUUCCAAAAAAGUCACCCAAGUGCUAGAAAAAAUAAAAAAAAUUGAAAUCAAACUACAUUUGAAUUCAGUGUAACAAUCAAAACAAAAAAAUAAUAAAGAAAAAACAACAAAACUUAACGUGUCUAAAAAAACUCUCAUCUCUCUCUCUGAAUCCAAUUACUGCUGUGUUCAUUUCCACGAUGAGUGCCCAAAACAUGCAUUACUUAACGGUAAACGAUGAGGAUUUCUAUUACAAGGCAUCAUCGUCCAAGCUCUCACCGAAUCGUCACAAACACAAAGAACGUUCAGCCUCUCCCAUGGCCAUGUCAUACGAAUCAUCGUCGAUGGCUUCGAUGGCAUCAACACCCGACCUGAGUUCCGUUAGUGAAAUGUCCCUCGAUCAAGCCGAUCAAAGCAGUUCCACCGAUUCCAGCCCCUCGCUGUCUAAGAAACGACCACGUUCCAUAGAAAAUCUCUGCUUUGGCAUGCGUAAUCGCAAGAAAUUACAUCGUAAAAUCAAAGUGAAUGAAAUACAACGCGGACGUUGUUACACCGACUCGGAUUUGAAGAAUAACAAAAAACCGAUAAAAUAUCAGGUACCAAUUCUGAAGUUUCCCACCGAUGAUGAGGGUGCAAAUAAUGGGAACAACGACGAUUACGAAGGCAGAGAUGAUUAUGAGGCCAAUAGUGAUGUACCCAGUAGUGGUGGUGGCGGAAGUGGACGCCGGGGUAUUGGUUCGCUGUUAAAGCAAACGUUAAAAGUUACAUCAGCAUCGAUGGGUUUUCGUACUCUCAGCGUGGAAAGGGUUUUUGGGGGCGUCCCUAAUCGCUUGUCGGUUUAGUUGUUUAUCUGGCGGUUGUUUGAACUUGUGCUCAUUGGAAACACCGAAGAAGAAUUACGGAAAUAUUUUCAAUUGUCAAGAAAAGAACAAAAACAAUAAUUCCGAUAAUAUUAGCAAAUUAUGUGGGGGCGAUAAAUGAAAAUUAAGUUUCGCAAUGGGGCGAUAAUUGGUAAAAAUU